AUGCCCUUCCCCGAGACGCUCAACGCUCGCCCGCGGGUGAUCUUCUUCACGGACUUUGACGGGACCAUCACACUCCAAGACACCAACGACUUCAUCACCGACAACUACGGGAUGGGCAAGGCCGCGCGGCGCGAGCUCUUCCGCGCGGUGAUCGACGAGACCGACACAUUCCUCAACACCUUCCAAAAGAUGCUGGACUCGUGGAACAUGCCGUUCCCGCAAGUGCUCUCGAUCCUGCGCGAGCACAUCACGCUGGACCCGCACUUCCGCGACUUCAUGGUGUGGGCGCGGGCGAACGACGUGCCCGUGAUUGUGCUGAGUAGCGGGAUGGUGCCCGUGCUGGAGACGCUGCUGCGGCACCUGCUGGGCGAGGAGCUGAUGAGCGACAUCGAGAUCGUCGCGAACGGCGUCCAGCUGUGCGCCCCCGGGAACUCGCUGGACAAGGCCGACGGCUGGACCAUCAAGUUCCUGCACGAGGACUCCGGCUUCGGCCAUGACAAGAGCCUGACCAUCCGGCCGUACGCAGAUGCGAUCGCGAAGAUGCCGCAUAACGACGACCGCCCUACCCUUUUGUAUGCAGGCGACGGCGUCAGUGAUCUCAGUGCGGCACGGGAGACCGAUCUGCUGUUCGCACGCGAGGGCCAGGAUCUGGUGACGUACUGUGAGCGGUCUGGCAUCCCGUUCACCACGUUCCAGACCUGGGCCAGUAUUUUGGAAGAGACCAAGGACAUCUACGAGGGCCGCAAGACGGUUAAGAAGCUGGCCGAGGAGGGCCUGAAGCGUCAUCGAACGAACUCGCUAGAGCAGAAUGGCCACGUGCGUCCAUCGCUUAACUAG